UUUUUGCCUUUUGGUAGUAUUCAAUAAUUCAAUUUACAAUAUCCGUAUUAUAAAUCUGUAUUUCUGUCGUUCAACUGUAGUAGUUAGUUUGUCCGAAAAAUAAUUCAUCACCUAAUUAAUUUGUCAAGAUAUUUUUUUUCUAUUGUUAAUAUAUUCAUAUAAUCAUAUAAAUUAUUACCCAACGACCCAACACAUAAUGGUUAAAAUCGCAUUACAGAUUAAAGCUAAUUUAGAAAAUGUGACCGAACUAACACCUGAUGGCAAAGACUUUCGAUGGUAUUUAAAAUUUCGAUGUACAAAUUGUGGCGAAGAAUCUGACAAAUGGAUAUAUUUAUCACAAGAUAUUACAGUCCCAAUGAAAGGAAGUAGAGGCCAAGCAAAUUUAGUAACCAAAUGCAAAAUGUGUUCAAGAGAUAGUUCAUUAGAUAUUUUACCUGACUCUAUUACAAAGUAUACUAUAGAAGAUUCAAAUAAAUUUAAAAGUAUUGUUACAUUUGAUUGUCGUGGUUUAUCAAUCAUUGACUUUUCACCUAGAAACGGGUUUAAGUGUUGUGGGAUUGAAACUAACACUAAAUUUGAAGAUGUUAAUUUAGAAGAAAAAGAAUGGGUUGAUUAUGAUGAAAGACAGAACCAGCCUGUUGGAAUUUAUGAUGUCCAAUAUCAGUUUGUAACCACAAAAUAAAUAUAUUUGUCAUCAUCAAUAAUUUAAAUGUAAAUUCAAUAUUAAUAUAAUUGUAUUAAAAAAAAAA